UCCGAAUGAUACCCACACUGUACAUACAGGUGCGCAUUUAAUAUGUUGAUGUUUUGCACGGGUAGUUAAGUGGUAUUUGUUGUGAGUUAAAACGUAAAUACCACAUCAUUGAUGCAGUCAUAACACAAAGUGUUCGGAGUUUUAAUUUAAAAGAAAAAAAAACAAACAACACACACAAGAAAAAAGAAUGAACUCGCUCACUCUAGGACUCGUAGUUGCAUGCGCUGCCUUUGUUGAGGAUGUCAUUAGCACGGGCAUACCAUACUGGUAUAAAAUUGGAUCUGGCAGUGGUACGUUCUACUAUGGGCUGUUUAUGGCCUGUGCAUAUACGCCAAUUGGUUCCGUCUGCCAGAAAUGGCACAUUUUGCCCGACUGGGUCAUGGCUUCCCAGGCCAUGAUGAUAUCGAGCGUGCUUGCCCUUGGUGCAAGUAUUCUUCUGGGAAUUAUGUUCUUGACGAUCCUGAAGGACAAGGCGAUAGUUUGCAUCGGAGCUGCUUUCAUGAGCUUUGCUGCUGGAGUUUUAUGCAUCAUAGGGCUUGCUGUUGCCGGUGUGAAGUUUACGAAGGAAGCUUCCGGAGAUCUUCACGCUGGCUUUGGGCUGGCAAUCAUCGCCGCCAUACAUGCUUUUGUUGCAGGGGCCAUCUUCUUUCUAUCCAGAAAUAGAAUUGGUCAAAUGUAACUUUGUGAAAAAAUGCCGAUAUGUGAUGAACACCAACCUUAUUUUUGUACCUGCUUUUGUGUAUUUUCUUGUACUUUUAUGUACGAUGCAUAUUUCGUAUGAAUAGCUUUUUUUGAAUAUCGCAGUGCUUAUUAUGAUUAUUAAUGUGUUGAAAAUUACUCAAGUAGAAAAACCUGUUUUUCUUGUUUGAAAUUUUGCAAAUGAUAUGCUUGAAAUACUAUCCCUUUUUGAAAUUGAUGAAUUGUUAAGUAUGUUGAAAUUUAUUUCAAAUAUAGCUUAUUUCUAUUUAUUUGUUUUUAUUGUUUGUCUUACAUCUGUAAUAUUUUCAGUUUGCGCUAUAUACGUUUUAGUGUUGACAUGUACGUUUUAUAUAGAGUUUUAUUUAAUGUACUACAUUGUAUGGUGUUACCGUGCAAUAAAUAACGUGUGCACAGCUUCGAUAUACGCACGCUAUUUGUUGCACGUUAUGCUAUACACUAUGAUACAAGUAACACCCAUGAUUGAAAUUUAAAAUACUUUACGCUUUACGCUCGUUAUCUAUACUAUCAAUAUCUACAUUGGUGGCUGCAGUGUUUAUUACUAGAUUAUUAUUUAUUGUUAUAUCCCCAAAUUUUCAACAAAUCUUUAUUAUUCAUAAAUGAUGUACAUGUUUGUGUUUUUGAUGUUUGCCAUGGUAACAAAGCUGUUUUGUAAUAUGUUAUGACAGCAUCCAUAUUUUCCUUUAAAGUUAUAACAACAGUUGAUAACAUAAAUACAACUCACUUUUAUUCAGCCACGAUUUAUAUGUACCCUUUUAUUGAAUAAUUAUUAAACAGCAAGUUGUUCUGUAUGGGGACAGCCAUCUUGAAUGAGCUUCUUCCGCUUUGCAUUCUGGGAAAUCUCCCUAGCAACUGUCAAGAUGCUGACAUAAUAUUGCCGAUUUUUGAGAUUUCCAUUGUAAUCUCUCUCUUUUUAGCAUUUCGAUUUUUUUGUCUUUGUGGCAGUCAUGUAAUUUAGACCUUCCCCUAACCAUACACAAAAUUUUAGAAAACAUUUUAUUCAUUAUUAUAAUGUUUGCACUGUUUAAAUUGAAGCAGUAGUAAACGUUCUAUUUUUACGGAAACUCACGAAGGAACACUUUUUUACCCAAUUAACAUUUUUUUUAUGUUCCUUCGGCUCUAGUAUAUAAGUUCGAGCUUGCAGACGAUCAAGGACUCUGGCAGCCAUUUUCACAGCGACAAGCUGAAUUUUCAUUUUGAAGAAAAUGUUUGUUAUAUUUAUAUAAAUUCAAAAUAGAGAUACAUUAUAAGUAGGAAUUAAGUAUAGAAGUCAUUGGUUAAAUUCUUUAUAAUGAAUUUCAAUCGAAUUAAAGUAUUUUUUUAGAAUAUUUUGACUUAAAGUUUCAGUGAGAAAGAGAGAGAGAGAGAGAACUUUCUAUUUAGAUUCUGGGGAUUCAGCAUUUGUGCUCUAAUAUAUUGAAAGUAGAUUAUAGUUAAAUAUUAUUUGUCUUGAUAUUUGCACAAAGUUUAAUAAAUACACUUCUAGAAGAAUUACAAAUAAAUAGUUAACAUGUAAUCUUUUGUUUUAUUAUUACUUACUUAGGAAAAUUAUGAGUUUAAGCAUAUUUUAGCUUAAUUUGAUAUUUUUCCAGAGUCCAUUUUAUUUAAGAUAUAAACAUCAAAGCUAUUCUUGAGUAAGGGUGAGAGAACACACACAUAUAUUUAUAACCAGUACCCAGAAGUUUAUUGAGGAGAAUUUGUCAAAAUGGUCAUCAUUCAGCUGUAAAUGGGCAAGAGAAUCUAUACAGCGAGCUUACAUAAUUCGAAAUAGUGCCCACUGAGGCAGGUUAUCAGCCAGUGUAUGGCAUAGACGGAAUUCUUCUGAAAGGUCAAAUAUAUGAAUAAAAAGUAGUCUGUAGUUGGUACUCCAUUGUUAACAUAUGUGGAUAAUACCCACUCGGUGGUAUUCCUAGAUUGCGAGUGGAAAGGUGUACAUAAUAUCGGAACGCUACAAUAUUAAGUGAAUUAUGUUCUGUUUUUGUCAGACUCUUGCACAACAUGUAGAUGAACACUGUGAUAAAGCUAAUUAUUGUAAGCAUGUAUUCACAUGUACAUACUAUAGUUUAUGUAUUAUUUUACUUAUAAAUAAAUUUACUUUGCAAUGCCUUCUUUUGAA